CCGCCACCCAACAAUCAACAUCCUCUCCACUUGUCUCGUCUUCAUCCACUUCUCUUUACUACUACUCUAAUCAUCAUCACAUCUAUUCAUCCUCUCAUCCUCUCGCACUCUCACACUCUCACACUCGCUUUCUUUGCAGCGCUGGCCGCUCAAGACUCCCCCAUCCCUCCUCCUACCAAGGCCCGAGCGGCGCACCACUCUUUAUCCAGAUCUCUCACCCACCACCGCUUCGCACCAUCCUCCUCCCUCCAGUUCUCCAUCUUCAAUCUACCAUCACCCCAUCACCACAUCCUCCCCCCACUCCUCCCCCGCCAUCAAAAUGUCCUCCCCCUCCAAAGAACAUCGCUUCACCCUCUCCGACUACGACUACCUUGUCGACGCCGUCGCCUCGAAACCGGACAACAUGUCCACCUCCCCCACCUCCCCCGACGCGCGCUCCCCAACAAGCCCCACCACCUCCCCGACAAGUUCAACCGGUCGCGCGUUCCGAGCUCUGCCCAACAUACCACGCGUCACGUCGCCGGGCGCGCCUGGCAUGGAGAACAUUCUUGGCCCCGGCCCCGCGCCCAUUCCGGCAUCUCCCGAGCAGCCGCCGAGCCGUACCUCCUCCUCGUCGCCCUCUCCGACAAGCGUCGGUCUCACGUACCCUCCAAGAACGUACACGAGCCAAUUCACAGGCGCCCGACCAGCGCACGGACCCACCUCCCCGAGCUCGAGCCGACCUCCAUUUGACACCAACGACUCCAGCGGUUCUGUUCACUACCAGCCUGGCUAUCAGCCAUCAAGACAGCCGUCCUCGUCGGCGCCGAGCUACCCCUCGCGUCAGCCCUCCAAUGCCAGCUUCUCCAAUGCCGCCAGCGGACCCUCGAGGCAACCCUCGCGACACCCGAUGGAGCCGAGGAUCCCCUCUUCCGACGGGUUAUCUCCCCUGCCCCCGGACGGGCGCUUGAGCAUUGUCUCAGAGCCGCCCGACGAGAAGGAGGAGAAAGCCGUCGCUCCCACUCUGAACACUUACGCGCCGCCACAGCCCGCCAACAAGUGGCUCGACAGACUGUGGCCCAACAACGCCGCUAUCCGCGCGCUUAUCAUCGUCACAUUCCUCGAGGCCGUCAUCGACAUCGCCAUCCAAGCAAACUUGCUGUGGCGGUAUGACCAGGAGAUCUCGGACGACUCGGGGUGGGCGAACGGCCGCCGGCUGCGUAUCUUCCUCGUCGUGUUCAUCAUUGCGCACAUAAUCCAAAUGACCCUCACACUCUGGGCCGUGUUCUACCGCAACACGAUCCAAAUCGUCGGCCUGGCCAUCUUCAACUGCCUGCUCCUCAUCUACGCCGCCAUCCAGGUCGGUGAGAUUGCCGAGGUGCUGGGCGAGAAGACGGACGGCAACGCACACACGGACAACAAGAUCUUCUCGCUGCCAACCAAGAUUCUCUCCGGCCUAGUCAUCGCCGUUAUCGCCGCCGCGGAAAUCGCCAUUGUCAUCCUCGCCUGGUUCAUCUGGAAGGAGUUCGGCUGGCGCAUCUACCGCUUCCUCGGCGCAGACCUCCGCAUUCGGCGCUAUUACCGCCAGUACCAGAUCUUCGAGUGUAUUCUCUGCUUCACGUUCUUCUUCUUCCUCGGCUUCGGCGUCCAAUUCAUAUUCAUGGUGCUCCGCGGCGACGACCCCGAAAAGUACAUUACGAUCAUCAUGCUUCCGCUCUCGCUUGUGUGGCUCGCGCUCGGCGCCGUCGCAGGCCGCUGGGAACUCGCGUGGCUCAUGGCCCUCUUCCUCGUCGGCAUGCACGGUGGCAUGGCGUACUUCAUCUUCAAGAUGGUCCGUAUCUGGACUAGACCGAUAGAGUACGAAGGCGUGCAAAAGUCGCUCACGAUUUUCUCCGUCCUCGCGCUCGCCAUGAUUGUGCUCUGCAUCGUCUUCGGCAUCAUUGUCUGGCGCAACUUUGGCAAGGGUCUCAAGCGCGCGACUGGAUGGCGGCGCAAAGGCCACAGACACACGCCCAGCGACGAGAUGGGUCUCGGGCAGACGACGGAGCAGAACUUCAAGCUCCAGCACCGCCUCACGAUCGAGUAGUUGUUGUAUGGUUGGGCUCUGGGAUGGAUUCAUCUUUGUGUGUACG